AUGUCUUCAAUGGAAGAUAUUUUAGCAAACCAAGAGCAACUCAUAGAUGCAAUUUACAAAAUCCAAACCAAUUUCAAGAAAGACGGACGUGAAAGAAAAACAGCAGAUUAUAUUAAACGCAAAAUAUCUACUUUAGACAAUUACUGGGUAGAAUUCAACAACAAUCACAUACAGUUGUGGGCGUGUCAAAACAAGUCUCAUGCCUACUUCACCGAAAACAAGUAUGAACAUAUGAAGUCGACGUAUGAAAACAUCAAAACAGCUCUGCAAAUGUACGAGCCAAUGACAGAAUCCAGGCCGCCGACUCCCCUACUCAAACCUGCAACACCAUUAGCAGCACCAUCGACAUCCACGGCUCCAGCUACACCCAAGGAGUCGCGUGGUACUAACAGCAAAACAGAAGACUUACUGAAAAAGCAAGCAAGUAACUUCAGAGCGUUUCAUAGAACGACAUCCAAUAUCAACAUCGAUUCUAUAACUGAGAAAUGGGAGUUGGAAGACCUGCUUAAUUCUCUGCAAUCACGCUGGUCAGCCAUUGACAGUCUCCACUGGGAGAUUGAUAGCGAAACUCAAGGCACCAGUAACAACGAAUACGAUAGAGCAUUUUCAUCAUACGAGCAAAUGUAUAACAACAUCAAACGAACCAUAAACAGCAAGCUUUGGUCGGUAUCCCAUCGGGAAAAAUCCACUCCUCAGAUGGAUAUACCUACCUUCAGUGGAAAUUACCAUCAGUGGACCUCCUUCAAGGACUUGUUCGUUGAAACAAUACACAACAACCCCUCGUUAUCGAAUGCCCAGAAAAUGCAGUUCCUCAAGGGCAAGGUGCGAGGAGAAGCAGACAGGCUGAUACAACAUCUACCAAUUAGUUCCGACAACUACAAUAUAUGCUGGGAAAUACUCAACCAUCGAUACAAUAACAAGAAACUUAUCUUCACUUCAUACAUAAACAACUUGCUAUCAAUUCCUGCCGUACAGCAACAAUCCUUACAUCAAAUCAAGCGCCUUCACGACACCACAUUGGAAACCCUCAAUGCCAUAAAAAACCUAGGCAUUGAUAUCAGCACAUGGGAUCCGUUGCUAGUACAUCUACUUUCACAAAAACUGGAUAAUGAAUCAUUCACCGACUACAAUGAAUGUCUGGAACAACCACGUGAACUACCAACGAUGUCAGAUUUUUUGAACUUCCUGGAAUGCAAGUUUACAACAAUGGAGUCCUCACGUAGAAAACAAGAUUCACCAACGACAAGGCCUUUAACACAUCAAGCUUCGCCAAAGCCAAAUAAAACAAGAUUUCAAGUAUACUCAAACAAUAACAACAUGGCAGAACAAAACACAAACAACAAUCAACUAAGAACUUACAAGUGUUCUUUAUGCAAUUACAACAAUCAUGGAAUUUAUUUUUGUGAAAAAUUCUUAUCAAUGUCGCCACAACAAAGACUCAAUACAGCAUCAAGACUCAAGUUAUGCUUCAAUUGCCUAAUAAAGCACCAAGGAAACUGUAGAGUGCAAAAACGAUGCCGAGAAUGCCAAGGUCAACAUAACACAGUAUUACACGAAGCCUUUGCAUCACCAAAUAACACAGCAAGACCAAGUACAUCAAGAAUGGUCAACCACAGCAACUCCUCCACGACUACUGUUCCCAUUCAACAACAUGAGUCACCCGAAGUACUGUUGGCAACUGCGAUCGUACAAGUUCAAGCCGCCAAUGGCAACUACUACAAACUACGAGCACUACUCGACCAAGGAUCGCAAACAUCAAUUAUCACCGAGAAAGCAGCUCAAAUUUUAUCAUUACCACGACGUCAAUGUACUGGAGUCAUAACUGGAAUCGGAGCCAAGGAAAAUAACUGCAAGGGAAUAAUAAACAUAACUAUCAAGUCAAAUAACUGCGAAUAUACAUUACAAACCGACGUGCUUAUUAUGAAAACGCUAAUUAACAACCUGCCAAGUAACACAUUAUCGAAACCAUCAUGGCAGUUCCUGGAAAACAUACAACUAGCAGACCCUGAGUUCUACAAAAGUCGCCCCGUCGACCUACUUUUGGGGGCGGAGGUGUACUCUAACAUCAUCUUGGAUGGCAUCUGUCGAGAAAACAAUCAAACACCAAUUGCGCAACAAACGCGAUUUGGUUGGAUAUUAAGCGGAAGCGCCAAUACAACUACAUUACAAUGCAACGUCUUAUUAAACAACAUUGAAGAUAUACAACGAUUUUGGCAAAUUGAAGACAUUACACAACAAGAGUCAUCAUUAUCAUCUGAAGAUCAAGCAUGCAUAGAAUUUUACAAAGCAACAACCGUUCGACGAGAGGAUGGGAGAUAUCAAGUAAAACUUCCUCUAAAACCCAACUUCAUACAAGGAUUGGGAACGUCAAAACACAGGGCCAUUGCGCAAUUCAAUCAACUGGAACAAAAAUUUACGAAGCAAAAUGACACCGCAAUUAAUUACAAAACUUUUAUCGACGAAUACCUAACAUCAGGUCACAUGCAACUUGCACGUGGCAACACGACACCGGAAUACUUUUUACCUCACCACUGUGUCUUACGCAACGAGUCGACAACAACUGCACUUAGAGUUGUGUUUAACGCAUCUGCAAAAACUUCUACUGGGAUGAGCCUCAAUGACCUCAUGUAUAGAGGCCCCAACCUACAACAAGAUCUACAGUUUUUAAUCUUAAAAUGGCGACAAUACAAGUAUGCAUACACAGCUGAUAUCGAAAAAAUGUUUCGACAGAUAUGGUUAAAUGAACAUAUGGUGAAAUGGAAGACCUUCGUAGCGAACAGAGUCAAGCAAGUGACUGAAAUAUUGCCUGGAAGCGACUGGCGAUACGUCAAAUCUCAAGAUAAUCCCGCUGAUUGUGCUAGCAGGGGUCUGACAGUCACUCAAUUAGAAAAGCAUUCUCUUUGGUGGCAAGGUCCAAGCUGGCUACAUUCAUACGAAGAUCAACCCGAACAAGCGUCGUUCGAAACAAAGCAAGAUCUCAGAACAAGAUGGUAUCUAUGUCAAAAAAUAUAUAACGACAUCUGGAAGAGAUGGCGUUCAGAGUACUUAACUCAAUUAACUACCAGAGGCAAGUGGAAGCAAAAUCAAGAAAACCUCAAAAUCAAUGAUCUGGUAGUCAUACACGACGACAACUUGCCAUCGGGACGGUGGGCCAUGGGGCGCGUCGUUGAACUCCACCCUGGCCCCGAUGGACACGUGCGAGUAGUUUCAUUAAAAACCAAGAACGGUUACCUUAGACGCCCGGUAGUUAAAUUAUCUUUACUGCCUAUCAAUCAGAACCCAAAUCAAGACAGCAAACAAGUUAAUACAGCAAGUAUAUCUCCAAUACAUGAAGAAAACAAGAAACGCGUGAAAAACAUUGGUUUCAACUUUAAAUCAAUAGUAUUGGCUCUACUUUAUUUUAUGAGCAUACUUACAACAACAUCAUGCACCUUCGUAAACACACCGCUGAAACAAAACCAAGGAAUUUAUUUCGAUAAAAUUUCGGAUAUGCAAGUAAUAAGAGACGACUGGACUGUAGUGGUUUAUUACAAGAUGGAACCAUACUGGCAAGGGAUGAAGACAUUCGAAAAUUACUUCAAUUACUUGGAAGAUACAUGCAAGAAACUGAACGAAGAAGUGCAUUGUGACGUCAUUCUAUGGCAGCUACGUCACAGCUACGACGAACUGCAACACUAUAAUACAAUACUGAUGACGCAACACACGCGCACACGCUCGCGCAGGCGACGCGGUCUAAUCAACGCAGUGGGCUCAGUGGCUAAUACACUGUUUGGAGUCCUAGAUGAGAAGUUUGCCGAGCAGUAUCAGAAAGAUAUUACUCUCAUACAUGAUAAUGAACAACAUUUGGCAUCACUGUGGCGAAAUCAAACAUCUAUCGUCGAAGCCGAAUAUAAUUUACUGAAAAGAAGCGAGGAAGCCAUCAAUAAGCAACACAAAUUAGUAAACAAACACCUAAUUAAAAUAGAAAACGCCGUGAACAUACUUAAUUCAGAGGUGUUCAACAUUUCACAAGCAAAUUACAUGACGUUGACCGCUGUAGCUGCAAGUAACAUGAUACACGAACUGCGAAAUAUGCAAGAAACCCUGCUGAAUACGGUCACCGACGUUUAUCAUGGAAGAUUCAACUUCCAUCUCUUAUCACCUGAACAACUUAGAAACGAGCUAAGUGUCAUAGCAAGUCAGAUCUCAAGUGAACUAACUCUGCCUAUAGAGAAUAUACAUGUUAGUUUACAAAACAUAUAUCAUUUAUUGAAUAUCAAGGCCAGAAUGUGCGAAGAUUACCUACUGUUUGAGAUAAAAGUACCUUUAGUCGGCAGAGAUUCCUUCGAAAUAUUUCAUCUCAUUCCCGUACCAACUGCAACAAAUCAUAGCAAGAUGAUAGACACGAUCCCAAUAUCAGAAUUCUUGGCCAUCAACUUAGCUAAAGAUGCUUAUAUCACGAUGAUAAAAGAAGACAUCUCCUCAUGUCAUCAGCAAGAGCAGACUUAUUUAUGUCAACUCAAGAAACCUGUAUAUCACCUCAAGAACAUGAUUCACCUCAACAAAAUUCAUAGAACAUGA